UCAGCCAGGGGAAGAGAUGCGCCAGCCCCAGCUGCUGCUGGCCCUGCUGCUCCUGCUCUCCUGCCCAUGGGCCAAUACUAGUGCUUUGCGGAGUCAGAUCAUGGGGGGCCAUGAAGCUCAGCCCCACUCCCACCCUUACAUGGUGUUCCUGAAGACUGAUAGGUUUUUCUGUGGGGGCUUCCUGGUGGCCCCUUCCUGGGUGAUGACGGCUGCACACUGCCUGGGGAACACCACAGUCAUCCUAGGGGCUCACAGCAUCAACGAACUAGAGGGGAGCCAGCAGAUCCGGGGAGUUCUCAGACACCACCCGCACCCUGAAUACGACCCCAACACGGUGUCCAACGACAUCAUGCUGCUCAAGGGAGACUCUGGUGGGCCUCUGGUGUGCAAUAACGUGGCUAAAGGGAUUGUUUCCUUCGGGUACGAAAAUCCUCCUGGGGUCUACACCCGCAUCGCCAACUACCUGCCCUGGAGCAGGAAGACCAUGAAGAAGUAG